CCACUCGUCGGAAAUCCGCCCGCAUCAGCCUGCUGCCCGGUAUGGAGCCGCUCAAGAGCCCCGCCCCCCUCGACGCCGACCACGCCCCUCCGGUCGUCCAGGACCUUAUCAGCUGGGACACACCCCUCGAGCGCAACACCAGGAGGCGCUCCAGACGCUCGGCCGUGUCCUCCCUGGCGACCCCCAGGCGACAGUCCCGGCGAGUGAGCAAGGCGCCGGUGCUCUAAGGCGAGGCAGCGAAGCAGCCUAAGUCUGAAACCCUGAAACGACGAAUCAGGUGUUCACGGAAUCAGUUGAGAGGAUUGGACCCUGCAUCCGUGAAUCGAGAAACCCUCUCGUCUAGGCCACCGCUCCCUGAAUCGGCAAGACACUAGAUUUCUGAAUCCAAGGACCAGGUGGGCUUCCCAAGGACUCCGGAGACUGUUGAAAAUGGCACCGCGACAGUGACAUUCGAGAUUCCUCGAACCCGUUUUUACGUCUUGGAAAUGUUUUAUUUUCGUUGGGAUUUUAUCCCAAAUACCUAAGCCAAGUUUUUCGCGUUCCUCGGAAUUUUGGUUGGGGAUCGACGCAGAUUCGAUUCAAAAUCAUACUCUUUUAAGCUUUAAUGUGCCAUAUACAGUCAACAGAGUGAUGGGUCAGUGGUAUCGAGAUCAAAUCCAACAGAUUUCAGCUUGAAUUAUUUUAAUUUUAUGAUAAGAUAUACUCGUUUCAUUUGAGUUAGAUUGCACAAUGUAUAACAUGCGGUCUAACAUUUCUUCGAAGGCUUCUCUUGUUUUGUAUGACUGUCACUCAUUUUCAUUCCAGUAUUAUACUCUGCAUGCAUCUGCGUACCUGAAUAAUGAAUAAUGUUAAUAUCAGGAUGUCUGAACACAUUCUUGUAUCUCUAUCCACAGGAUUACUUAGGCUUAUAUAUAGGGGCUAUAAUUUUGUUGUAAAUAGAAAUGCCUUUGUCAGUUAACAUUGUUUUCAUUUUGUAUCUUUUUUUUCGAGAAGUUUUCUUUUGCCUAUGUAUACUAUCACAUUUAUACUAUUGUACUAGUGUUCUAUAUCGUUUUCAAAUGAGUAGGAUUUUUGUCUUUAACGUAAAGGGUAAAUAUGUAAGACUAUUUUGUGGAAUGUUUAAUGAAUGAGAUCCGUGUCAUAAAUAGAAAUUGCUAUUGUUUAGAGAAAAAAUCUUUUCAUUGUUUUGUUAAAGAACCUGCAUAAUAUUAUGCAGAUAACCCAUUUGAUUUACCAUCGUCUUUGGUGCUGAAAAUAAACAAAUUUACCAGU